GAGGAGGAAAAGAGAAAGGUGGAAGAGGUAGAACUCAAAGAAGCUAAGCACAUUGCAGAAGAGGCAGAUAGGAAGUAUGAAGAGGUGGGUCGUAAAUUGGUGAUUAUUGAAGGAGAUCUGGAAUGCACAGAGGAAGGAGCUGAGCUGGCUGAGUCCCAUUGCCGAGAGACGGAUGAGCAGAUCAGACUGAUGGACCAGAACCUGAAGUGUCUAAGUGCUGCUGAAGAAAAGUACUCUCAAAAGGAAGACAAACACAAGGAAGAGAUAAAGAUUCUUACUGAUCAAUUCAAGGAGGCAGAGACCCGUGCUGAGUUUGCUGAGAGAUCAGCAACCAAACUGGAAAAGACAAUUGAUGAUUUGGAAGAUAAACUGAAAUGCACCAGAGAGGAGCACUUCUGUACACAAAGGAUGCUGGACCAGCCGCUGCUUGACCUGAAUGAGAUAGAGCUCCCCAGUCCCACCUGCCGCUGCCCCCCUCUCUAA